AAGCAUAAGUGUUUUGUAAUACUAAAUCUAUGUAUUACAACGGAAGUGAACGAGGACGUCUUCAGAGAGUAGCGUUGACCAUUGUGAUACCCAUGUGAAAUGCCUUAUGAAAAAUUCAAUAAAAAGCGUAGACAAUGGGAGGAUAAUGGUGUAUUGGAGUUAAUUAAAUUAUGGAAAGUCUGCGCCUAUGAACUACGCACAGUUAAACGCAAUGGCCAUCUUUAUGUGGCUAUGGCAAAACAAUUGACCGGUCUUGGAGUACCCGUAACAGCAUUAGAAGUCCACUUCAAAGUAAAUAAUUUAACACAGCGCUAUCGUCAGGAACAGAAAACAUUUGAAGCGACCGGUAUAAUAAGUACAUGGAAAUUCUUCAAUCAAGUGGAUGAUGUGUUUAAGAGUUUGGGACAAACCGGCUAUACAAAGUGCGUUAAAGUAGAUAAACGUAUUAUGACACCAGCAUCGAAUGCUAGCAGUUUACCUUCUUCAUCCGAGUCACCAGUUUGGAAAAAUCAAAUGUCUCAACAGGAGUUCAACAGCAAUAAUUCCGAAGGUUUUUACAAAUCGGAAUAUGGAAUGCAUCGACAUUUUAUCGAUCAUUCCCAGGCUCAGGCAAAUGGAGGGGCUGGUGGAGCUACCGGCAAUGCCGAUGUCAACUUUAUGGCCAAUACAGCUGCUGCUGCAGCUGCGGUCGCGGCAGCAUCACGACUUAAUGAAUCAAAUCAAAUGGAUCAGCUAAAUGCAGCUGCUUCGGCGGCGGCCUCAGCUAAUAAUGCUACCAACGGCAGUGUCCUUAAUUACAACAAAAUCAAAAAGUCACCGGAUGACUAUGAUAAGUUUGUUGACAUUGUCAAAAAUAUUGUUGAUUCUCAUAAGGCCACGCCGGAUAAGGUCGACACUUUUGGCGACUUUAUCAAAUCCUAUAUACGUCGUUGGCCAGAGCGAAUACAGGAUGAGGCCAUCAAUCACAUCACAAACUAUAUAAUUGUUAAGAAUAUGGAGCAUACUAUGCAUUCGUCUAUUGAUGGCGUCAAUAAUCGACAAUAAUAUAAAAGUGAACCUAGAAACUAGGUUCACAUACAUCAUCAUAAUAAACCACAGCCACACUGCAAC